AUGGAACUUUCAUACCUUCAAAUAAAUUAAUCAGUUUUUUGCCACCAUUGUCUUGCAGAGCUGCAUCGUUACGCUACUGUUUUUCAUUUUUUUCAACAAAUGAGAAAUCAUUUCUCCUCGCUCCUUCCUCCUCAAAAUCACUGCAAAUUCAGCUCAUCAACUCUAAAUGUCGCAGUCGCAUUGGCAAUGGGAAAACGCCGCAGCAGGUGCCGUCGCGGGUUUCGCCACCGUCGCCGCCAUGCACCCUCUCGAUGUCGUCCGUACCAGAUUUCAAGUUCAUGAUGGUAGAGCUUCGAAUCUUCCAACUUAUAAGAACACUGUCCACGCUGUUCUAACCAUUGCUCGUUUCGAGGGCCUGAGAGGACUUUAUGCAGGCUUCUAUCCUGCAGUUCUUGGUUCUACUGUUUCAUGGGGUUUAUACUUCUUCUUUUAUGGUAGAGCAAAGCAAAGGUAUGCCAGAGGCAGAGAUGAUAAGCUGAGUGCUGGUCUUCAUCUUGCUUCUGCAGCAGAAGCUGGAGGUUUGGUUUGUUUGUGCACGAAUCCUAUUUGGCUUGUGAAGACUAGGUUGCAGCUUCAGAAUCCUCUUCACCAAACUCGACAGUACUCUGGGUUUUAUGAUGCCUUAAGAACCAUAAUGAGAGAGGAAGGAUGGAGGGCCCUCUAUAGGGGGAUUGUCCCCAGUCUUCUGCUGGUUUCUCAUGGUGCUAUUCAGUUCACAGCAUAUGAGGAACUUCGUACAGUUUUUGUUGGUUUGAAAGAAAUGAAAAGAAAUUCUGGGGAUCAACACGAUUUAUUGACUUCAAUUGAUUAUGCGAUACUUGGCGGUUCUUCUAAAGUUGCUGCCAUUCUUUUUACAUAUCCAGUUCAGGUUAUACGAGCACGAUUGCAGCAACGACCCAAUAAGAAUGGAACUCCAAGGUAUAUGGAUAGCUGGCAUGUUAUUAAGGAAACUGCAAGGUUUGAGGGUCUUAGAGGGUUUUACAAGGGAGUCACUCCCAGCCUCUUGAAAAAUGUUCCUGCUGCCUCAAUAACAUUUAUCGUGUAUGAGAAUGUCCUGAACUUGCUAAGAAUGACAAGAAGGAAGGAUUAAGUUCUCUCUCUCUCUCUCUCUAUCUCUCUCCUUUUUCUUUUCUCCUUUGGAUUUUUGCCCUUAGAAAUAAGAUGAGGUUAGAAUAGAAAGAUAAAGUUUUUGCAUGGAACAAAUUGAUUAAUUAAUUAAUUAUUAAGAGAUUUUCACUUCAAAUGGUGAAAUUUAUUGGGAAAGGAUUCCAAAUACUGAUAAUUUUGUAGU